GUCUUCUUCGCUUCCUGCCCGCUUGGCAUGUGCUGUGUGAGUAUAAACCGGCCGCUCAGUAUACAGCCAGAGAUACCGCCCGCUCAGUAUACAGCCAGAGAUACCGGGGGGUCAGCCGUUCAGUAUACAGCCAGAGAUACCGGGGGUCAGCCGCUCAGUAUACAGCCAGAGAUACCGGGGGGUCAGCCGUUCAGUAUACAGCCAGAGAUACCGGGGGUCAGCCGCUCAGUAUACAGCCAGAGAUACCGGGGGGCCAGCCGCUCAGUAUACAGCCAAAGAUACCGGGGGCCAGCCGCUCAGUAUACAGCCAGAGAUACCGGGGGUCAGUAUACAGCCAGAUAUACCCGGGGUCAGCCGCUCAGUAUACAGCCAGAGAUACCGGGGGCCAGCCGCUCAGUAUACAGCCAGAGAUACCGGGGGCCAGCCGCUCAGUAUACAGCCAGAGAUACCCAGCCGCUCAGUAUACAGCCAGAGAUACCGGGGGCCAGCCGCUCAGUAUACAGCCAGAGAUAUCAGCCGCUCAGUAUACAGCCAGAGAUACCGGGGGCCAGCCGCUCAGUAUACAGCCAGAGAUACCGGGGGUUCAGCCGCUCAGUAUACAGCCAGAGAUACCGGGGGGCCAGCCGCUCAGUAUACAGCCAGAGAUACUGGGGGGUCAGCCGCUCAGUGUACAGCCAGAGAUACCUGGGGCCAGCCGCUCAGUAUACAGCCAGAGAUACCGGGGGUUCAGCCGCUCAGUAUACAGCCAGAGAUAGAGGUGCCCGGUGUGUGCGCUAAUCUGCCGGCCACUGAGUAUACUGCCAGAUUAGCGCUGAGUAUACUAUGGGCAUCCUGCCACUAUUAGCCUGUCCCCGCAUAGUGAGCAAUGUGUAUAAAGGGCACACUGAUCAUUAAUCACUAUGGGCAGCCAUGGAGAGAUGAAUGUUUCCAUGUAAUGUAUCUGUAUGGGCUCCCGGUGGACUCAGAGCCUGUUUUAUACUGCUCAUUGGCUUAACCCUUGUUUCAAGAUGCUGCCAGUCUUACGGGAGACUUUGCAGAUUUCGCAAAGAACCCUGAAACUGACCGAUCCAAUGUGGGUUUGGUGGUCAUGGUUUGCAGGGGUGGUGAGUUUUACUUACCUCAGACUGUCCCUCAUGGCCGCCGCCAUCUUCAUGCUCCUGUCCUCUGCUUCAAUUGCCAGAAACCAUGUUGGUGCUGUACUCUUGCGCAUGCUUGAGGGCACAACAUUGAGGUCUGUUGAAGAUACUGCAGGACCCUCGAUAGAAGAGCCUGAGUUACACAGCCGUCAUUUGUGAUGACUGCUGGGAUUCAAUAGAAGUUGGCUGCGGAACUCUGCAUUUUGUCAACCUUAGGCUUUACCUUAAGACAGAGUCGCUAGUAUGUCUUAUGGCAUCUGAUUGCGUUGGGAUUUAAGCCAGCAUCAGUAUUUCAUAAAUAAUAUUUUAUUUUUAUUUAUUUAUUUUUGUGAAAUACUGAAAAGUGACAGAUCCCUCUUUAAAUCAUCUUACAAUGAUAAAGAAGUAGCCAUGAUAUUUCCAGUGAUUUGUUUUGCUGUAUAGUGUGGCAAGGUAUCGUGGGAUAUGCUCUUCCAUAACAGCCAUAGUUGCCUAUUGGUUACCCAUACAUUAAUCUAAAAACAUUUGCAAUCUGUUCUUAUUUUGUUUUCUUUUGUUUUUAGGUUAGGCAAUGAAUUUGUCUCACAUUCCAACACCUGGGUAUUUUAUACAUAAUAUUAAAAAGAUUUGGACUACGCACAUGUUUGUUUUUGUUUUGCCUGCGAUCUCAUUUGUCUGAUCAGUCAUGUCAGAUAUACUUUUAAACUUGGACAUGGAGUCCUGCCUCUCUAGUAGCAAGAAGGAGUCCUCCACUAACAAACAUCAACAAUUCCUCAGAAAAAGGAAGUUCUUGGAAAGAAAGGGAUAUCUCAAAAAGAAACAGUUGCCAGCAAAGCAGAACUCAGGGCAUCAGUCGCAUUCCUGGGACCAAACCAAGAGGAGAGGACAGCAAGAUGGCAGUUGGACCACUUUUAACAGAAAUAAGAAACAAUGCAAUCAAACAAGUUUUCAUAAUGGUUUGAAACAGCAGGAAGCUCCUAUGCCUCCUUCAAGAGUGCAAUCGUUUCAGCCUGGCACCCUCAGAGUUAGCGUAGGCACCGGCACACAUCAAACACGCAUGGCAAGUUAUAUGCCAAACAAGGCACAGGCCUCUUCUAAAGAAGAGCUGUUCCGUUGUCACCUUUCUGAAACAAAAGUGCAAUCCAAACCAGCUUCUGUAUCUCACAAAGUUGAUACAUUGAGUGAGUUUGAAAGUGGCCUUUCUACAUUCUCCGCUACUACUAAGCCAUCUUACAAAAUGGUGGCUAUAGACUGUGAAAUGGUAGGGACUGGGCCAAAGGGGCGAAACAGUGACUUAGCUAGAUGCAGUGUUGUCAACUUCUAUGGCGAUGUGCUGUUUGAUAAGUACAUUAGACCUGAAAGCCCCAUCACCGAUUACAGGUCAAGAUGGAGUGGCAUCAGAAAAGAACAUAUGGUUAAUGCUGUUCCAUUCUCGUUGGCACAAAAAGAGGUGAGUCCAAAAAGAGGCAUAGCCAGGAACAAUACUGCAAAAUUGUCAGAAAUACACUAUUGAUCCCUUGAAAAUAAAGAGGGGGGAAAAGUACAAAUUUUGUUUGGAGCAAAAUAUUAUUUUGUCUAGCUUGUUCCCAUUAUUCCAACUAAGCAAUACUACUACGAUUUAGUUCUCAAUGUUAACCAUUAGUGAUGUCCCGAACGGUUUGCCGCGAACGGUUCACUGCGGACUCAUCAUUGAGUAAACUUUGACCCUGUACCUCACAGUCAGCAGACACAUUCCAGCCAAUCAGCAGCAGACUCUCCAUCCCAGACCCUCCCACUUCCUGGACAGCAUCCAUUGUGAAGCUGCAUUCUUAGUGAGCUGUCCAGGAGGUGGGAGGGUCUGCUGCUGAUUGGCUGGAAUGUGUCUGCUGACUGUGAGGUACAGGGUCAAAGUUUACUCAAUGAUGAGUCCGCGGCGAACCAUUCGGGACAUCACUAUUAACCAUUGUACAACAAUACAUAUUCUAGAGUUGGAGUCUUCAGUUCGAUUUAUGUGAGAGGGACAUGCAUCACUUUUAGACAACUGUUUUCAUUCAAAAGCUUCAGACAGUUGCCUCACUCUGCAGGCUUUUAAAAAAAAAAAAAAAAAAAGGUAAAUAUGAUAUUUUCUCAUAUUUACCUGCUUCUUUUUUUCUUAUGCAUUUCACACCCACUCCAGGGGAUACAGUGAUCUAAUUCAGGGGUAGGCAAACUUUGUGCACUACAGAUGCUGUGGACUACAUCUCCCACAAUGCUCUUAGUCAUAAUGCUGGCAAAGCAUCAUGGGAGGUGUAGUCCAAAACAUCUGCCGUGCCAAAGGUUGCCUAUCCCUGUUCUAACCAAUCUGUGUGCCAUCUCUAGGAAUGCUGGAUAAGAGCAUUCAGUCUGCCUGACAGCUUUACACAUGUGCAGCUUAACCCCUUAAGGACCAAACUUCUGGAAUAAAAGGGAAUCAUGACAUGUUACACAUGUCAUGUGUCCUUAAGGGGUUAAAGAUCUCUUCACCCUGUAACAUCCUGAUGGGGAGAAAAGAGGCAGUAUGAUCAUUGUCAUUUAUGCAGAGCAGGCACCGUUGUCAGAUUUCUCCCUCCCAGCUGUGUUAGUGCGGUUUGAAUGAGGAGCGUGGUGCUGCAAGGCAAUAAUUCUGUUUCCGUUAGUAGAAUUCUGGAUUGAAUUAGUGAGUAGGUAAGGGUGGGGGGCAAAGUUGAAGAAACUACCGUAGUUGAGAAGUGAGCUCAACAGUGCAAUCUGAUCAAAAUUAUAAAGGUUUAUUGCAUACUUUUCAAGGUUAUUUUUGCAUUAUUUGGUUUGUAUAUUUGUCUAAAAGUGUCUGCUUGUUGGUUUUAAAAAUUGUCUAGUGAUGCAUGUCCCUUUAUUGUUGCAGAUAGUUAUUAGGCUGGUAGUAAAUAGUUGGUAUUUUUUAAUUGUUAUUCAAAUUUAAAAUUAUACAUAUUUUAUUUUUUUUAAGAAUGUUUCACUUUAUCUGGCCGAGCAGUUAUACCGUUAUCUUACCAACUGUUGCUCAACCUAACUUACCUGCUGCUGUGAUUGCGCUGAAGCGAUGCAGAACAGCAAGCUGUGAAGUUUUCUAAAGAAAAAUCGGUAUACAUCAAGUUUCAUUAAUUGUAAUAAACUGUCAUUGUCAUGUAAAAAAAAACCACAAAUGUGAAAAGGCACUCAAAAUGUAAAAUUGAACAAAAUAAAAGAUAGCUGCAAAAUCUCCCUAAAACUUACAUUUCUCUGCAAUGUGCAGUUAUAACAAUAUUAACCAACCCACAAUAUGGCUGCGCUUAGAAUAAUAUAAUGAUACUUACCGUAAAGAUUCACAUUCUUCCAACAAGUGGCAAAACAUGUUAAUGCACCAUAUAGUGCAAAUCUUAACAUAGCUUUGUAUAUAGCAAUGCAAAAUAAAGCAAGUAACCUUGAUGUUAUAAACCCAAUUACAAAAUAUGAUGUAGCAAUAUGUUUAAAGGAACACUAUAGCGUUAGAAAUACAAAUAUGUAUUCCUAACACUAUAGAGCCCUUGUCACUGUUUAUGUAACUAGGGCCCCCGUUCCACAGCGAAUACCUUAAUCCAGCGGCGGGCUCCAUAGGCACUGGUGACCUCUCCUCCUCCAUCAACGUCAGUUCCCGAGGGGAGCCGAAUGCAAUUGCACGGCCAGAGGCACGCGCAUAAUCAAACCCGCCCAUAGGAAAGCAUUACAUAUUGCUUUCCUAUGUGGAUCUUUUUUGACGCUGGAUUCUGUGAGGAUGUCCAGCGUCAAAUAAGUGCGAUUUACUCCGUGUACACCGCGGAAGCGGCCUCUAGAGGCUGGCUUAACCCUGCAAUGUAAACGCUGUGUUUUCAGCUGUAGGGUUAAAACUAGGGAGACCUGACACCCAGACCACUUCAUUGAGCUGAAGUAGCCUGGGUGCCUAUAGUGGCCCUUUAAGAGGUGCUAUUGAAAACGAUAUCAUACAAUAAUAACCUAUACAUUUUACCGUGGAAUAACAAGUCCAAUGAGAGAGAAAUCUGAGAACACGCCCAUCACACCACCAAUGGACUUCCAGCACUUAUUGUAUUUAAGGGAAGGGAGGGAAGCACUAGGCUUAUGGAUACACCUGUUAGCAUUGGCAGUGUAUUAAUUGUAUGUAUUUUAUUUUAUCUUUAAUAUUUUGGUCUCUGAGGAAGUUUCCUUAGGGGAACGAAACGCGUAGGACCAUUUUUUUUAAUUAUUUUUUUUAUAUGCCAAUAAAUUAACUGUUUUCCACAUCCAUCUAUUGGGAGAGUGUGAACUUCUUGGUUUCCGGAUUGGUGUUACUACAUUCAGCAGGACGUACCCCCCUAUCUACAGGGGUGGCAACCUGAAGGCUUAUUACAUACAGCCGAUCUGUGAGUUUAACCUUGAAUCAUUGGACCAUUAAUAACAUAACAAUAUUACACUAUGUUGUAUUUUUGAUUUGUGUUUUAGUGAUACAAGAUGGAUCCCUAUUCUAUAUACACUAUACAAUAACCUAUAAAUAUCAGAUAUAGCUCAAAAAUAUAUAAAAUGCAUGUAGAUAAGAAAAGGUAGUAGUUGGCAAUAAAGCAAAGUAUAGAAAUCUGGCAAUUAUAUCUGGCAAUAUCCAAGACAUUCUGGUGAUACUAGCCACUUAUGGGAAAGAGCCCACACUCAGCUCUAAUAUAUGUGCACACGGCCAAGGUGAGCCAGCUUAGAACCUCUUUGCCACUGUCCACCUCAGUGUUCUGUCCCCUGUAGCCGCUUACUUUGUCAACUUAAUGUGAGUCGCGUAAGUAAGGUACAAGCAGGAGAUUGGAGUACUGGAAAUCUAUUUAUUUGCCAGUAAAAUAAUAGAUAAAUUAUAUAAAAACAAUAAAGAUAGACAUGGGCUAGGAGGGAAUCUAAGUAUGGAGUUCAUACAAAGAUGGCAAGUCCACAUGGCUAAUAUGAGUUGGCCCUGUCUCCUUCCUCCAAAGCCACCAUGCAUUUGAGAUGCGUUUCACAAGUGCUUCCUCCAGUCGAUGCUCAAAUCUUGCUGAUGACACUCACCUCUAUACCUCUAAGUCACCUAGCUCCUCUUAAAGGAACACAAUAGUUUCAGGAAUACCAAAAUGUAUUCCUGACACUAUACGUCUAAAUGUGCCGUUAAGCUCCCCACCCCCCCAUUACCCCUGUUAAAAAGUUGGAUUACUCUUCUUCCUUUGCAGCUCUUUUAUGGUGUGCUCCUGGUUGGCUUUACCCCUGCUUCACCUUUUCCAAAUUUGAUGAGCUCAGCCAACCCAAUGCUUUCUUAUAGGCAAAUCACUGCGCUGUGCCAAUCAGCAAUCAGUGCCUCUAUGCAAAGCGUGUAGACGUUGAACGUCAGUGGUCCACAUUAGAAGCACCAGGAAGCACCUCUAAUGGCCGUCUGAGUGAUGGCCACUAGAGGUUUUACUAGGCCGUAAUGUAAACUGUAUGCUGUAGGUGCUCUGAUGACUACUAUAGUGUUCCUUUAAAUAUUAGAUUAUAAUUAAUUGAUUUAUUUUGAGUUGCUUUUAUACAAAGCUAUCACAUUUGACUUGCCCUAUAUGGUGUAUUAGAUGGUUUUCCACUUGUUGGGAGAUUGUGGAUCUUAACGAUAAGUAUCAUGAUAUAUUAUUUUAAGCACACCCCUAUUGUGUGUUGGUUGUUAUUGUCAUGUGUUUUAUAAAUAUGGUAUGUUUAUGUUGGUGUAUAUGAGAACUCUACGAGAUGUGUUCUGUAUGUUAUAUGACUGCCACAUGACUGUUGUGUACGACAUGAUGUUGGCAGGUCCUGUUUAGGGUAUGCCAUGGGUACUAGGGGUACUGUACACAAGGAUGGUUCUAUUAGUGCAAUGUAACACAUAUGUGACAUCUACACACAGGCACAUUUGCCAAGCCUCGAAUUUCUGAAAUAAACACCACCAAUUAUUCUCAGGAUGCUUUGCCAUGUAUAUGUCCCUAGUCUAUCGGAGUAAUAUUCCAAUACGGUUACCAUGUGAUGGGAUUUUCUUGUUCAUACUCUAUAUCCAGGCAUUUAAAUGUUUUAUCUCCUACAUAACUUACUUCUCUAGUGUUAUUAUAUUGUGUAGGUGUAUUAGAACUAUGAUAGAGAGGUAUUACUUUGGCCCUUUUUGCCUCCUUAUGUUUUUUCCUCAUAGUUUGCGUAUUAGGUCAUUGUUUAGGCUGUUGCUUUUCAUAGUUUCCUCAAAAUGUUGUCUUAUUUCCAGCACCCUUUAUCCAGCUCUGGAACUUCUCCUGCUCUUGCUACAAAGGUUACACAUACUUUGUUUUCUUCUUUCUUAGAUAUUAAAACUUCUCCACGGUAAGAUAGUGGUUGGACACGCAAUCCACAAUGACUUCAAGGCACUUAAAUACUUCCAUCCCAAGGAAUUGACCAGAGAUACGUCUAUGAUCCCCCUACUGAACCGCAAGGCAGGUUUCCAGGGCACGGAGGCAGUUUCUCUAAAGCGAUUUGCCAAGCAACUACUCCACAAGGAUAUUCAGGUACUUCCUGGGGCCAUUUAUUUUUACUAAUGUAAAGACCUAGACUGUCCCUGCACCCUCUCCUCUGUAAACACUGCCUUUUCUGAGAAAAGGCAGCACCUACGUUGCUCCCUGAGGACACCUCGACUGGCUGACAGCCACUAGAGAAGCACGAAGAGGCUGACCGCUUCCCAUCCAGGUCCAUUGGCAUAAUGCAACUGUAUGAGGAGUUGAUGAUUGGUGCAGCACAGUGUAUGCUGCACAGUAGACCCUCUGGUGAUUCUCUAUGGGGAAGCAUUAUAUUGGCUGAGAUCAUCAUUAGUGAUUUUCUCAGCCAGGGACUGAGUGUCGAGACCAGUGUGGCAUGGGAUUAAAGGACCAUACCACACCCCUAAAGCACUUGGGCUUACUGAAGUGCUUUAUGUGUGAGGAGUAUCCUAGUUUAACCCCAGUUUAUAAACAUGCCAUUUUCUAUGAGAAAUUGUCACUUUCAUAAAUUAACUAGGGAACACCCCCCCCCCCGGCUGCACCCCUGAGCUAACGGAAGUGGCAGGCAGGCUGUACUUGAGCGUGCCUGCCUCCUCCUACACAGAUCUCGGACCAGCUUCUCCAGACCUCAAUGAGAAGCUUUUGAUUGGCUAUUUUCAUUGAAAAGACUGAAAGUCUUUACUGUGAAAAACCCUUUGAGUCUCUUCACAUCUACUUGUAUGAGAAAGAGAGAUGGAUUUACUGGUAAUCUCUCUCCAUGUGAGCUGGGGUUUGCAGUAUAUUGCAGCAUUUGAAGUUCACAUUGCCCAAGAUGGUUGAGAACUGGUGGCUGAUAUGCUGAUUUUUACAAUCUCUACAUAGCUUUACACUGCUGGUGCCCUCCCCUGUUUAAUGCCACUCGUGAUAGAAAACAGCCAUGCAGACACUUUUAAAGGAACCCCCUGUUAAUUGGUUAUGGUGCCUGUAGUUCCCUUGUGCUGUCCCUUCAUUAGGUGUUUAAUCAUUUUCGAGGAGUUUAACUCUAAAUAAGGAUCCCUGGCCGCUGACACAUUACAUCCACAGUAGGACUAGAUAAAGCAGACAAUUCAACCUUCUUCAGCCAUACUCCUGCACACCCCCCCUUGUAAAGCGCUAUUAUUAUUAUUAUUAUUGCCAUUUAUAUGGCGCCAACAGAUUCUGUAGCGCUUUACAAUAUUAUGAGAGGGAGGAUUUAACUAUAAAUAGGACAAUUACAAAAAACUUACAGGAACGAUACGUUGGAGAGGACCCUGCUCAAACGAGCUUACAGUCUAUAGGAGGUGGGUGUAAAACACAAUAGGACCGGAAUUUGCAAUCAAAUAAGGCGGGCUGCCUUUUAGGAGAGAGCAAGAGACAGGUAUGUAAGGUAGAGGUUAGUCUUGGAGGCCAUAAGCUUUCCUAAAGAGAUGGGUUUUAAGGCACUUCUUAAAAGAUGCAAGACUAGGGGAGAGUCUGAUGGCGGUAGGCAGGCUAUUCCAUAGGAAGGGAGCCCCCCGCGAGAAGUCCUGCAAGUGUGAGUUGGCCAUCCGGGUGCGAACAACUGACAGGAGGUGGUCACGGGCAGAGCGGAGAGACCGAAAAGGGACAUAGAGUUGUUCAGUGCUUUAUAGGUGUGAAUUAGUACCUUGAAUUGACUCCUAUAGCAUACAGGAAGCCAAUAUAAGGCCUGACAGAGGGGUGAGGUGUAAGAGAACUGACUAGAGAGGAAAAUCAGUCUGGCAGCAGCGUUCAUUAUGGACUGUAGCGGUGCAGUACAGUUUUCCUGGCGCUAUAGUGGUCCUUUAAUUCACGGUUUAACACUAAAUAAAGUGAUGACGCCAGGGGAUACAGACACUCCAAAUCCUAUCUGGAACAGAAUGAAAUGCCAUUACUGCUUCAUUUAGAAUCACGACUUCUGUCAGGACACAUAAAAUUCCCACUUCAGACAAACAGUAAUGUAGGCUAUGCAAAGUUGUAAUUGGGUCAAAGAAAAUCUAGUCCAUGAAAAUCACUGUUUCAUAUCCCUUUCUACUAAUAGAAGAAAUGUAUAUACAGAUGUCAAUGCUGGCUUAAAAUAGUAGGAUAUUGUUCAAUACAGGACUGGACAUUCCAUAUAACCGGUAGCCACACAUCCUUAAAUGCCCAGUGGUGAACCAAAAAGACACUCCGAAUGGGCGUUAACCGCUAACAGCAUCUGAAACCAUAGAACGGAAGAAAAUGGAGUGUUAUUGAAGGAUAUUAGUGAGAGAGCAAUCGAGAGGACCUACAAAUGGACAAUUACCAUUUUAAAACGUAACUUUUUAUCACACCAUUAAAAGAUCAAACAAGAUUGUCACCAAGUGUCCCCAUGGUACUAAACAAAAAAUAUGUAACAACUACUACAAAGUAAAAUAAAUCAAUUGUCACCUAAAUAGUAAUGUUAAAAGAAAUCUACUAGACGACUCUCAAGCACUCUCUUAUAGAAAGUGGAACAUCUCCCAAGGGUUAAAAACUAUUUAUUUACUUACCUUAACCCAGCGCUCGGCGCGGGGUCAAAGCUCCGCCCCCUCCUUCGUCCCGUGACGAACAGGGUGUAAUGCAAAUGCUGCGCGCAUUAGACCUCCCUAUAGGAAACCAUUGAAUCAAUGCUUGAAAAGAUGCUUGAAAAGAUAUAUUCGUUUCUAGAUAGUCUGCAACUGCAGAACCUCUUACCCUGAAUAUAAUCGCCAAAAUUACACGCCAGUGGUGUCUGGGGCUUAACCCAUAAAGGUAACAAAAAAUAAAUAAAGUAUCCACACUAAAAACAGAACAAAGUAACGGUUUAAACAUGUGGAUAAUGCCUGGCUGAUAAUAAAAAGCUUAUUCACAAUUAGAAAGUCUAUCUAGGAACCAAAAAUAAAAAAUGAGUCAGGGUGAAUACUAAAGCAAAAUUGCUUUUCUCUGACUCAAAAUAAUGAUAAAGGUUUUAUUUAAAAUGGCCAAACAAUUCCUUAUCAAGAGUGUUCUUAGCUGGUAGACAAAUACCUUUGGGCAUAUACCAAGUAGUUCAAUCUUGGUAUAGUAAUGGUCUCUAAACAGCACUUUAUAGAGACUAGCUGAACGAUAAAGAUACCCUUCUGUUUGGCCAUUUUAAAUAAAACCUUUAUCAUUAUUUUGAGUCAGAGAAAAGCAAAUUUGCUUUAGUAUUCACCCUGACUCAUUUUUUAUUUUUGGUUCCUAGAUAGACUUUCUAAUUGUGAAUAAGCUUUUUAUUAUCCACAUGUUUAAACCGUUCAUUUGUUCUGUUUUUUUUUUAAUUCUUUAUUUUUGCACACGAUGGGCAAUGCAAGAACAUAUCAGCAUGAAGGCUUGCGCAGAAGCCACAGUGUAAAAGAGCAUGUUCAUAUACAUAUAAGUUAACAUUGGCCUCUAUGGCAAGCCUCUUUACAGUUUCUAGACAACUUGCCUCCCAUCGAGGAUUUUAUGUUUUUAAUUGGCUGCUACACUUAACUUCCUAAUUUUCAUACGAUAGACAUAGUGAGAGCAGUACCACUGUGAGGCCCGCGCAGGAGCCUGUAUGUUAGUAUUCUGACUUGGAGAAUUGAAGUGGGUCAAUGGGCCAUAAGACAAGCCUUUCAAUGAAUGCUAUUCUACUAGCCUCUUGUCUUUGGUAUUGUAUCAUUGAGUCUGGCCCUGUCUCCUGAGGAGGAGCCCUAACUCCAGCCAUGUCUGGGUGUACUUUAGACAUCAUCGAUCCUCCGUCAGUGUGCUCAUGCCUGAGUGAGGGAAGUAAUUUAUGUCGCCAGAGAUUGGGACAAUGUUAGCCAUAAAGAAGUAAGAGAAAAAUAGAAGGUAUCCUUGUAAGCCAAGGUUUCCGUGCCGAGAAGUAGAGAACGUGAAAAAGACAGGUAGAGACAGAGAGGAGAAGGUGAGAUGAGAAAGAGGGGUAGAUAUGACAAGGAAGAUGUGAGUAUGAAGGGGGGUGGGGGAGGGGGAGGCGGACGAGAUUGAGGUAUUUCAUUCCGGCUCUGGCCUAGAAGUGUCUGGUCCCGAUUUGGACUGUUUAUUUGGCCCUUCAGUCGGGAUCCGAGCAUUUCUUCUGUUUUUAUCGUGGAUACUUUAUUUCUUUUUUUUUUCUUUGAAUCAAUGCUUUUUCUAUGGGGAAAAAAAAUCGCUGGAGGUCCUCAUGCAGAGCCAUUCUGACAGAUCUGUAUAUAGGACACAUUUGUUUCCUUCUCAGAGUUAGCAACAAUUGUAGCAUCUCUUUACUUUCAGACCCUUAUGGCUAUACUUUUUCAGGAUAGCAUCACCUACAAUCAUUACACUGCUUGCUACAAAGUUACCUUGCAGUUUUAUUUUUCUAUGUGUGUCCUAUUGACGUUUCUUUUUUCACUUUUUUCCUUGUUUUUUAAAAAGAAAUGUCAAUAGGACACACAUAAUCAGAAUUUACAAUUUCAGCCAAUCCAAUGCUUUUUUGUUGGAGCACUCCUAGUAAUUUGUCUCUACACAUUUUUUUUUUUCAUUAUUGAUCAGUUGUGCAUGCUAGUAUUUACAUGCACACCUAUCUGCAUAUACUGAGAAUUUGAUUUAUUUUUACUAACUAAUAGUUUUUAGAGGCAAUCAUAUCCAAUUAACCACUUAGUUGAUGUCACACGUUUUGUGUACAAGACAUUGCUUGAGAGUGGUCUAUAGGAUCACCUUUAAACUCUCUAUUUAGGUGAUAAUCCUUAUGAAUAUACAGCAAUUUGUGCAACACAAAUUGCUGUUGUUUGUCUCUAUACAUUUCCUUUUAAGUUAUUGGCUGUGCAUGUUAGUAUCUGCAUGUAUAUAAUAAGAGUUUGAUUAAUUUUCAUCUGUUAGUAUUUUGAGGCAAUUAAUCAAUUUUUUAUUGUAUUGGGUGAUGUUCCACUUUCUAUGUAUAAGACAUUGCUUGAGAACUGUCUAGUAGACCUCUUUUAAUGGGUGAGAGUAAGUAUAGCGGGUCCCUGCAGGCUUUUUGCACUAAACACUGUCUUUUCAGAGAAAAGGCAGUAUUUACUUUACAACCUAAGGACACUUCCAGUGGCCACUCCUCAGAUGGCUACCAGAGGUGCUAUCAGGGGCAGUGUUGCACAGUGUGCAGCACUGACAUUCAGUGUCUCCACCCUCUGCAUGGAGACACUGAACUUUCUCUUCUCCAUAGAGAUGUAUCUCUUGGAGAUGCUGAUUGGCCAGGCCGGCAUUUGGCUCCGCUCUGGCCCGCCUCCUUGCUGAGAUAAUCAGAAUUUACAAUUUCAGCCAAUCCAAUGCUUUUCUAUGGGAAAGCAUUGUGAUUGGCUGAGAUCAUCACUUCUGAUGAUGUCAGCCAAGGAGGCAGAUAUUUCUUUUCUUCCAAGGAGGCAGAUUGGGGCAAUGCCAGCACCAGCAGACUGAAAUAAAGGUAAGAUUUUACUACAUUUAGGCGGGCCAGGGGGGCUAGAUAGUGAUUUUAACACUAUUGGGUCAGGAAUACAGGUUUGUGUUCCUGACCUUAUAGUGUUCCUUUAAACUUUUCUAGUUUUUGUUACAUAUUUUUUUGUUUAGUACCAUGGACACUAUGCAUAGGAUGAGGUAGAGGCAAUGGAAAUGCCUACACAGGCUCUUUUGAAAUAUUUGCUAAAUUAGAACAGUACUGUUGUCCCAUCAGUGUGUAGUCAGCAAGAAAGAGGAGAAAACAGGGCAGGUCCUGCGCAACCAGUAUAAAUGUGCACACCCAGGUGCUACCGCAAUUUAUUUGAGGACACAAUAAAAACAGCAGACAUUUCGGGCAAUGGCCCUUUCUCAAUGCUAAUGUCCUAAAACAUUAGCAUUAGCAUUGAGAAAGGGCUAUUGCUCAAAACAUCUGCGGUUUGCAUUGUGUCCUCAAAUAAAUUGUGGUAGCACCUUGGUGUGCACACUUAUACUGGUUGCGGAGAACUCCCUUUUUAUCCUCUUUCUUAGUGCCAUGGAUGCUUGGUGACAAUCUCAUUCGAGCUUUUAAUGGUGUGAUAAAAAGUUACAUUUUAAAAUGGUAAUCGUCUAUUUGUAGGUCCACUCGAUUGCUCUCUCACUAAUAUCCUUCAAUAACACUUGUUUUUCUUCAGUUCUAUGGUUUGAUGAUUCGGUGGUAGUGUCAGAGUUCCUGAUUCAAUUCAUUCAUUGUAGGAGACCUCUUGAGUUGGGUAAAAAGAUCUCAUGACAUGCCUCUCUUCUUUUUGUAGAUUGGACGGUUUGGCCAUUCAUCGGUGGAAGAUGCCAAGACAACGAUGGAGCUUUACAGAGUGAUAGAGGCUGAAUGGGAGAGAGAACUGGCUACGCACCCGGUCUCCUCAUAGAUGUGACACUAGGUCUAUUGUUUCUCAGCAAGCCAAGGACUAGCCAUCACGUUUUGGUCCCUCGUCCUAUCUAACGAAAUAAAAAAUGUCGUCCCUCUAAAAUCCUCUUGCUGUUUGCAGCUUAUUUCAGGACACUAUCUUGUUUCACAUCCAAAGAUUUGCUUAUUAGAAUCUCUUAAUUUCAUCACCUUACACACAGGGUAGAUAUCAGUUCAUUAGCGAUUAGAAAAUAGUCUCUGUCACAUUGCAAUCUUCUCAUAUGAGCAAAUAACUCAAUAAGGCAAAUGAAAUAGCAUUCUAAUUUUCUAGAAUCUGUUAGACAUUCAUUUUCAUUAUUUGAUUACAUAAAUUACGACAGUAAAAAAACAACAACUUUUAUUGUGUACAAUAUGCAUUAAACAUGUCCACAUGUGCAUUGAACCAUCGCACACUUGUAACAAUGGAAACAUACUAGUUUGCCAUUCAGAGAUUCUCCUAUAUGACGAGGUCCUUUCAGUGGGAAUUGUUAUAUUCUUCCCUGUGUUUAGAUAAAAAGAUUAAAAGCAUAACACCGUCAGAUGACUGGAAGUUCAGGUAUAGAAAGUCAGAGUUCCCCAACUCCGCUUCAGUGCACUAAUUACUAUUUUCGCGGAGGUAAUAGUUACAGACAGAGCUAUUCACUAAAGGGAGCAUUAUUGGGAAUUAAAGUGAAGGUUCAAAGGCUUUCUCCAACCCUUUUUUUGUAUGUUAGACUAAUGCCCUGUUGGUAUUAUUUUAUCUGUUUACUCCUAAGUAAACUCUAAGAGCGUUUUAAAAGAUGAUUUGCUUGCCUCAACCCAGCGCCAGGCAAAGCUCCCUGGCACUGCUUGGUGCACCCCUAUGUGAUGUCAUGGGUGCCGCACCAAGGUUCAAUCAAAGACUUCUCAUUGAGAAGCCUUUGGCUGGAGGAUUUAAAUGGUUCAGAGUGCAUGCGCACACUCAGAGCCCGCAAGGAGAGGGGGAAAUGACGGGAGGGAAUGGAGCAGGUGAGAGGGCGGCCAUAAAAAAAAAAAAUGGAUGUGAUUGGGAGGCAGGAGGUCUCACAAGAGCAGUCACGUCAGUCGGCAGCAUACAGUGUACGCUAACACGCGUAAAUUAUGCACAGAAUUGUUCUGUUCUUGGCUGCCAAUGUCACGUGUGCUGGAGGUGCAACUAGCCCCCUUCACACAAUUAAAAAUAUAUCUGAUGUGCAGUGUUUCAAGCUGAAAAAACUGCACAUCCAGACUCCUACCACCAUGACCACUUCAAAAAGCAGAAGUGGUGGUUGGAGUAACCCUUUAAGGCAAAAAUAGCUGAAUUUUGCAAAGCUAGCCUUUCAGUUUGGGGAUUUUGGUCUACAAUUUGAAAUUCACUUAGAAUUUCUGACAGUUCCAUUUUAGUGAAUAUUUAAAAUAAAGUCAAGAAUCAUAACAAAUUUAACAUAUAUCAAACCUAGAAUUGAGAUGUCUGGUGGUAACCUGUGGUUACGGAAUACAUAUAAUAACAGUAGAUAUCAGAAAUACUCUUAUAUAGUAUGAUUCAAUAUUUGCCAGAAGGCGAUGGCUCAAUCCCAGAUUUUUAUAUAUGGAAAAGAUAAGUACCAGCAUAAUACUGUAUAUAAAUUAGUAAAAGGCCAAUAAAAAAUUGGUAGUGCACUCACAAUGUAGAGACCGAGAUAGGUCGUACAGGCAUUACAAUCCCUGCCACAGAAUGUGCACUGGUUCUUGAAUCAUUCGGGUUUCACUUCAUACUUUGGGUUCACUGUAGACCACUCCCCACCUCUGUUACCAAUGUCAGAGAGUUGAAAAUCCCUUAGCAGGGUAGGGCUUAGCUCAUUAGCUGAUAGUCAACUGAUGGCUCUCAGCCAAUGAGCUAAGCACUGGCUUUAGCCCAUGAACUUCUGCCUCUCCAGCGUUUGUUGGAAGGCAGGGAGUAGCACCCGAAGGACCCCAGGUGAGAAGAGAAACCUUACAAACACAGUGACUCCUUAUAACGGUGUUCUCCAGGGCACAACUAGCACCAUAACCGGUACAGCAAGCGAGUGUUUGGUAAAAAGAGAAUUUAGAUUUAGAGCAUGAGACACCGCUUGAUCUCCAGGAUGGAACCGGAAAAACGUGGAUUACCGAUUUGUUGUGGAUGCUCGCAAGGACCAAAGUUAUCCUUGCACCCUAAAAGAGAAAUUAAAGACGAUUAAAAAACAUAUUUACAUUCAUCUGAAAGUUCAUCAAAGUAACAUUUCAGUGAGAUGAUUGUACUCAUCAGAAGUUGCUAUAGAGGAUGUCUAAAAACAUACGCACACGACGAAAACAAACCACUUGGCAAAACCCUACACUGUGCUAAAGGACACGAACAUAUCAGCCUCUUGAUUACAAUGAUUACUCUUUGUACCAUGUGAUAGCAUCUUGUUCCUAAUUGCAGUGUAAAUAUAGGGCAUACAUUAUCUAUAAUUUUAUAAAGAGCGUAGAUAGCUACUGUAGAGUCGCAUGAUCAUAAUAACCAUCUGGGAGAUCUCACUGGAGAAAACGAUAAAAAUAUGUGCUUCUACCUCAAAGUACACAAAUGGGUUUUAUUCUGUGAAAAUAAUCAUGUUGGGUAAACACACAAAUUAAUGUUAUUUAAACAAUCAAGUGCCAGAGGUUUGUAGAGUAAAAGAAUAUCUUUCACCUGUAAAAAUUGAUUUAUUCCUAUGUCUGCCUACUUUACAAUUAUAAAAGGUUUCUGGUACUAUAGGUGAUUUGUGCCAAUAAGUGUGCCUGGGUAAGACACAUAAUAUAUAUCCACCUGUCUAAAAUCCUCAUUGUAAGCUUGUUCGAGUAGGCCCUUCAUCACUUGUCAAAUAUCAAUUCUACAACUGUAAUGCAUUGCAGAACAUGUUGUCACUAUAGAAAUAUUAAUAAUAAUCAAGUGGAUAGAGAAGGGCCUGCCAUAUGAGACCAUUUAUGUUGUUGCUGAAAUAGAGUCAGAUAAGUAAAGAACUUUAGGAAUCCCUUGUGAAAACUAAUAGUUAACACUUUUCACGUCUGAUGUCUGAUAAAUUUGGUUGAUUAAACCUGGAGUGCUUUGAAGUUUUCUCUAACCCUCUGCCACUAGUAGUCUGUUUAGGCCGGCAAGCAGAAACACUGCACAUCCAGAUUCCUACCACCAUGACCACUUCAAAUCACUGACGUGGUCAUGGUGGUUGGAGCAACCCUCAAACUGAAUUUCAUUGGCCAACCUUACACAUUUGACAUUUUAUUUAUCACCUUGGUAGAAUUCUGUAACUAUGCCACGUGGUGUCAGCAUUCUCUUCCAAUAAUUAUAAAAUAGCUUUUUUUAUUUUAUAUAGAUCUAACAUUUUCCAAAAUGCUGUAGAAUGGGUAAAUGUGCAAAUCAUACAGGUAUGAUUGAGAGAAACUAAUUUAAGCAAAUUGAAGUGAAGGACCUGCUCAAAUGAUCUUAAAACCUUAAGGAAAUCUAGUGUAAUUACAUAGAAUUGCCAUUGUAAUUAUUUUACUUAUACAAAUAUUUGAUGUGAAUAUUCUCUCUGUAAUUUUUGUUGCAAAAAUGCUUUUUGAUCAUGCUGUUUUACGCCAUGACCGUGGUUAUUAACUGUAUUACCAUUAAAUAUGUUAGACUUAGCUACAUUGGAUAAACCUCUCUGCCCCCCCUUUUCUUUCCUUUCCCUGGUUGUAUUUUUUUUUUUCCCCGAUGAUCAUUAUUAUAUUGAUUAUUAAACAUGGUUUCUCUUUGAAAGACAGUCCAACACAUAUAUCGUAUUUCAUAUAUUCAGCUUUUAUCUUAUUGUAAACUGUUUUGUAUAACUUGGUUUAAUUUUGAAAAGGUUGAUGAAACUAUGUUAAUUGAAUAAGUUUUUUACAUUUACUUGAAAAAUCUUUUUCAAUAAAAAAAUAUAUUUAAAAAAAAA